AUGGCGCAAGAAGAAAACUUACAUCAACGCUCGGAUUUUGUGCAAAUCAAUGAACCAAAUGAAAAAACUCCAAUAAUUAUAUAUGCUCAUCAACUCAACCAAUACUAUCAUACACUUUUAGGAAAUCCUUUUCAACGCUUGAAAUAUUUCAAUCCUGUCACAGAACAAUAUGACUUUCAUCGAACACCUGGAAUAAUCAACUACAUAAUUACCUAUUAUCUUUAUCAAGGAUGUUUAUCGACAGAGAUCUACUAUCCACCCGAAAUUCUCUACGAUGAACUCGUAUUUUUUGGUUUUAACAUACAAAUGGUAUAUGAUAUCAUUUCAAAUCUGAUCACCGUUGAAUAUUAUAUACCUUCUGGAAAAUAUCGUCGAGCAUUUUGGGCGACAUUCGCAAGUGAUAUCUCGAGGAAAAGCUUCUAUUUAACAAGAAUUACCAGUGGACUGAUAACGAUUUCUUCGAUUAUCACAUCAUUUGUACUUCUCGAACUAUCGAACAUUCUAUUUCUUAAAAACGAUGCUAAAGAAAGAAUCCUCAUUUGCAAAACAUCAGUUAUAGAAAUAGGUGUUUUAUUAUUUUCAUACGUCGAACUCAGUAUACACUACUUCAUUCGGCCAAAACUUCAACAUGUGACACCGUUUCUAAUUCUCAUCAACAUUCUCUCGCUAAUACCAAUCGCUUUCUUUCUCUUCAUUUGGUCUGUUCCACCUAUGUGGUUAUACAUUCUAUUGGUGAUACAAUGUACCACUCGUAUAUUUCGAAGUGUUCGAAUAUCUGCUCGUGCUUAUCAGAUUAUGAAUGUCUUAACAAGUCGAUUAUCAAUAUAUUAUGAGUCAUUUCAAUCCAUCGGCUUAAUCGUUCUUUUCUGGGCAUUAUUUCUGCUUGCUUUUGAACAACUAUCAUCGCCUGUCGAAUUUUUAACAAAUCCUGCUCUGAAUAAUACGAAUCAUACCCAACCGUUGAGUGAAAUCAUUUGGAUAUCGGCGAAUGCGUUUACAUCGUUAGGAGAAGGAACGAGUCGACCAGCCACGUUGGCAGGUUUAAUUAUUGAAUUUCUGACGUGUGUUAUCGGUGUUUUAACAAUUCCACAGUUGGCACAGAUUAUUUAUACUCUGGUAUCAGAUACAAUUGACAAGCAGAAAAUCAACGAAGAAAUAUGUUGUAUGACCCACCUUGUCAUGAUUGAAGAUGAAUAUGGAAGUAAAGCCGUUGGUCUGGUUAAUGUGGAUGAAACGAGGAAUGCCAGUUUACCAGAAAUUCUUAUAGAACAAGGUGAAUUCUGA